AUGGAGUUUGUGAGCACAAUUGAAGAGGAAGCAAUGAUAAUGUCCAAGAGUACUAAGAGGGAUGAAGAGGGCAUAUUCUUGACAUGGGAGGAUUUGCAAGUAAAUGUUCCAAAUGGAAGAAAGGGUAGGAAACCAAUUCUUGAGGGUGUGACAGUCAUCUUUGCUGCAAGAUCAGAUGGGCUUAGACAACAAUCACAAGACUGGUUAAACCAUGGUGGAGAUUUGUUGAACAGAAGAUGCGCUUACAAAGAGAAUAAGAUCAGCACUACAACAGCACCGAACCUACGUUUGAAAUGGAAAUUCUAUGCAGGAAAAGACAUAACUGCAACACCAACCAUAUUUGAUGGAGUCCUUUAUUUUCCAAGUUGGAAUGGUGACAUCUAUGCAGUUAAAGAAGCUGAUGGAUCCCUUGUUUGGAAGCAGAACUUGCACAAACUAACAGGUCUAAAUGCAACUGGCCUUGUUUCCAAUGUGAAUUGGACAGUGUCAAGAUCAACACCCACUGUGGCUGAGGAUUUGCUGAUUACUGGAAUCUAUGGUCCUGCUAUGGUUAUUGCUCUCAAAAGAUCAACUGGUGAACUUGUGUGGAACACCACUUUGGAUAACCAUUCUUUUGCCGUCAUCACCAUGUCUGGAACAUACCACAAUGGGUCAGUACAAUACAACUGCACCUCUCUUGGCUUUUUUUAUAACAAGCCUUUAAUUUUGUCCAUUCAAAUUCUCACUCUCUAA